CGGCGUCGCAUGCGCGCGCACAGUCGGCGGCCGCGCGCAGUACGCUUGGGGCCCGGAUGGCGGCGGCGGCUGGAAAUGGGACACCCCGGGAGGAGGAGGGGCCCAGCGGGGAGGCAGCGGCCCCGCCGCCGCAAGCCCCGACGAGUGCGCCCGGAGCUCGUCUCUCGAGGUUGCCGUUAGCUCGAGUGAAGGCCUUGGUGAAGGCGGACCCCGACGUGACCCUCGCGGGACAGGAAGCCAUCUUCAUUCUGGCGCGAGCAGCGGAACUAUUUGUGGAGACCAUUGCAAAAGAUGCCUACUGCUGCGCUCAACAAGGAAAAAGGAAAACCCUGCAGAGGAGAGAUUUGGAUAAUGCAAUAGAAGCCGUGGAUGAAUUUGCUUUUCUGGAAGCUGUGGAUGGUAUCUAUUAACUUCCUGCUGUGAUAAAUGAAGUUUUGGGUAACCUAUACUGCCCCAUAAAUCUCUUCCCUCUUUCUGAUUUUUGGUAGUUAUAUCAUAUCAUUAUUUUUAGUUCCUUUGUUACCUUUACAGUUUACAUAACACUAAAAUACCUGGUUUUUUGGUUAACUCUCCACUUUGGAAGGUAUGACUAUUAGUUGAGCUAUCUCUUCCUUUCCCAUUUUUUUAACCCACUUCUAGUUCUCAGUUGGUGUCAUUUAUACUUAUACUUUGACAUUGUAAAGGCUGAUAACAUAUUUUCUUGUCAUAGUUAAAUCUCCCAUGCUUUACCUGUUGGUUGAGUAGUUGAAAAACAGUAAUGUGGACAGUGUUCUGCUACCCUUCCUGUCUUUUUAUCCCUCCUAGACAUGCGUUUUCUGGAGGUAACUGUUAAUAGUUUCUUGGGUAAUUUUCUGGAUGUUGUAUGCAAAGGCGUUGAUAUAUGUAUAUUCUGAGCCUUUCCUUAUGAAUACAGAUUACAAAUGUAAAUGCAAUAAAUAAUAAGAUGAACAUCAUUGUAACCACCAGCUAGGUUAAGAGAUAGAAUAGUGUCAGCCCCCAGAAGCUCUGUAUAUAUUCCUUCUUUGUGUUAGAUCUUUCCAUCCCCUUUCCUGACUUGACAGUAUCCUGUCUUUUUGGUAAUUACUUACUUGAUUUUCUUUAUAGUUUUAGCACAUAGGCAUGUAUCCUUAAACAGUAAGAUUUAGUUUUAUAUUUUUUUGAACUUUCUAAAAAUGUAACCAGAUCAUCUUUGUGGUUGUACAUAUCUCUUACUCGUUUUCUGUGCUGUAUGGCAUACAAUUGCGUGACAGCAUUACAAUUGAAUCAUUAAAAGAUUUAAAAAAAGAA